CCCACAACUGCUGAAAAUGGUUUCCUAGGACUUUGCAAACGGAUCUGCUUAAGUGUUGGUGCAAAACUUUGUAGAUCUCGGCUGUGGCUUGCUUUAUUUAUUUAUUUUUUGGUUUGUUUUCUUUGGUCUUCCCUCCUUCCCCCCUCCGCCAAAAUGCAGGGGGCAGGAGUGUUGACAAUUAAUUGGUGAACUCUCCUAAAAAAAUGGAGGCAGAGAAAGACUCUGGAAGAAGAUUGCGUCCGAUUGACCGCCAGAGAUACGACGAGAACGAGGACUUGUCGGACGUGGAGGAGAUCGUCAGCGUCCGCGGCUUCAGCCUGGAGGAGAAGCUGCGCAGUCAGCUGUACCAGGGGGACUUCGUGCACGCCAUGGAGGGCAAAGAUUUCAACUAUGAAUACGUGCAGAGAGAAGCUCUCAGGGUUCCCCUGAUAUUUCGAGAAAAGGAUGGACUGGGGAUUAAGAUGCCUGACCCCGAUUUCACAGUCCGAGAUGUCAAACUCCUAGUGGGUAGCCGGCGGCUGGUGGACGUGAUGGACGUGAACACCCAGAAGGGCACGGAGAUGAGCAUGUCCCAGUUUGUGCGCUACUACGAGACGCCGGAGGCCCAGCGGGACAAGCUGUACAACGUCAUCAGCCUCGAGUUCAGCCACACCAAGCUGGAGCACCUGGUCAAGCGUCCGACUGUGGUAGAUCUGGUGGACUGGGUGGACAACAUGUGGCCCCAGCAUUUGAAGGAGAAGCAGACGGAAGCCACGAAUGCCAUCGCCGAGAUGAAAUACCCGAAAGUGAAGAAGUACUGUCUGAUGAGCGUGAAAGGCUGUUUCACUGACUUCCACAUCGACUUCGGAGGCACUUCCGUUUGGUACCACGUUUUCCGGGGUGGGAAGAUCUUUUGGCUGAUUCCUCCAACCCUGCACAAUUUGGCACUAUACGAGGAGUGGGUGCUGUCAGGCAAACAGAGUGACAUCUUCCUGGGAGACCGCGUGGAGCGAUGCCAAAGAAUUGAGCUGAAACAGGGCUACACGUUUUUCAUCCCUUCCGGUUGGAUCCAUGCGGUCUACACCCCUGUAGACUCUCUGGUAUUUGGCGGAAACAUCCUGCACAGCUUUAACGUGCCCAUGCAGCUGCGGAUCUACGAGAUCGAGGACAGAACACGGGUGCAGCCCAAAUUUCGCUACCCCUUCUACUAUGAGAUGUGCUGGUAUGUCUUGGAAAGAUACGUGUACUGUGUGACCCAACGGUCCUACCUCACUCAGGAAUACCAGAGAGAAUCAAUGCUUAUUGAUGCCCCGAGAAAGCCCAGCAUAGACGGCUUCUCAUCUGAUUCCUGGCUGGAGAUGGAGGAGGAGUCCUGUGAGCAGCAGCCUCAAGAGGAAGAGAAGGAGGAGGAGGAGGAGGAGGAGGAAGAGGAGGAGGGUGCAGAGAAGGUGCCCAAGCCACCUGCCGAUGGCCCCCCGUCGCCCUCCAGCACCCCCUCAGAGGACCAGGAGGCCCCCGGGAAGAAGCCGAAAGCACCUGCUCUGCGAUUCCUCCAAAGGACUUUGUCUAACGAGUCAGAGGAAAGUGUGAAGUCCACGACGGUGCCCACCGACUACCCCAAGACGCCCACCGGCUCCCCUGCCGCGGGGGUCUCCGCCAAGUGGACCCACCUCACUGAGUUUGAGUUGAAGGGCCUGAAAGCGCUGGUGGAGAAACUGGAAUCCCUCCCAGAGAACAAGAAGUGUGUCCCUGAGGGCAUCGAGGACCCCCAGGCACUCCUGGAGGGUGUGAAGAAUGUCCUGAAGGAGCACGCGGAUGACGACCCCAGUCUCGCCAUCACUGGGGUCCCUGUAGUCACUUGGCCAAAGAAGACACCAAAGAACCGGGCAGUAGGGCGGCCCAAGGGGAAGCUGGGCCCGGCCUCCGCCGUGAAGUUGGCCGCCAACCGCACGACGGCGGGAGCUCGCCGACGCCGGACGCGAUGCCGCAAGUGCGAGGCCUGCCUGCGGACCGAGUGCGGAGAGUGCCACUUCUGCAAGGACAUGAAGAAGUUCGGGGGCCCCGGGCGGAUGAAGCAGAGCUGUAUCAUGCGGCAGUGCAUUGCGCCAGUGCUGCCCCACACUGCCGUGUGCCUGGUGUGCGGCGAGGCAGGGAAGGAAGACACGGUGGAAGAGGAAGAAGGAAAGUUUAACCUCAUGCUCAUGGAGUGCUCCAUCUGCAAUGAAAUCAUCCACCCUGGAUGCCUUAAGAUUAAGGAAUCAGAGGGCGUAGUCAACGAUGAGCUUCCAAACUGCUGGGAGUGUCCAAAGUGUAAUCACGCCGGCAAGACCGGGAAAGCCUACAAGCAAAAGCGUGGCCCUGGCUUUAAGUAUGCCUCCAACCUGCCCGGCUCCCUGCUCAAGGAGCAGAAGAUGAACCGGGACAACAAGGAAGGGCAGGAGCCUGCCAAGCGGAGGAGUGAGUGUGAGGAGGUGCCUCGGCGCAGGUCAGACGAACACCCCAAGAAGGUACCCCCGGACGGCAUUCUGCGCCGAAAGUCGGACGACGUGCACCUGAGGAGGAAGCGGAAAUACGAGAAGCCCCAAGAGCUGAGUGGACGCAAGCGAGCCUCGACGCUUCAAACGUCCCCCGGUUCCUCCUCUCACCUCUCGCCGAGGCCCCCUCUAGGCAGCAGCCUCAGCCCCUGGUGGAGAUCCAGUCUCACUUACUUCCAGCAGCAGGUGCUCCCACGUCGCCCCGCCCUCCUGAGGUCCUGGGGACUUCUAAAACCUGGCAAAGAAGAUAAGCUUUUCAGGAAAAAGCGGCGGUCUUGGAAGAACGCGGAGGACCGGAUGGCUCUUGCCAACAAGCCUCUGCGGCGCUUCAAGCAGGAGCCAGAGGAUGACCUGCCUGAGGCGCCCCCCAAGGCCCGGGAAAGCGACCACUCCCGCUCCAGCUCCCCCACCGCGGGGCCCAGCACCGAGGGGGCAGAGGGCCCCGAGGAGAAGAAAAAGGUAAAGAUACGCAGGAAAAGGCGGCUUCCCACCAAGGAGCUGAGCAAGGAGCUGAGCAAGGAGCUGAACCAAGAGAUCCAGAAGACGGAGAACAGCCUGGCCAACGAGAACCACCAGCCCAUCAAGUCAGAGCCCGAGAGUGAGAGCGAGGAGCCCAAGCGGCCCCUGGGCCUCUGUGAGCGCCCCCACCGCUUCAGCAAGGGGCUCACCGGCCCUCCCCGGGAGCUGCGGCACCAGCUGGGGCCCGGCCUACGCAGCCCACCCCGUGUCAUCUCCCGGCCCCCUCCCUCCGUGUCCCCGCCCAAGUGCAUCCAGAUGGAGCGGCACGUGAUUCGGCCACCCCCCAUCAGCCCCCCACCUGACUCACUGCCCCUGGAUGAUGGGGCGGCCCAUGUCAUGCACAGGGAGGUGUGGAUGGCCGUCUUCAGCUACCUCAGCCACCAAGACUUGUGUGUCUGCAUGCGGGUCUGCAGGACCUGGAACCGCUGGUGCUGCGACAAGCGGUUGUGGACCCGCAUCGAUCUGAACCACUGCAAGUCCGUCACGCCCCUGAUGCUGAGCGGCAUCAUCCGGCGGCAGCCUGUCUCCCUGGACCUCAGCUGGACCAAUAUCUCCAAGAAACAGCUGAGCUGGCUCAUCAACCGGUUGCCUGGGCUCCGAGACCUGGUGCUGUCGGGCUGCUCAUGGAUCGCGGUCUCAGCUCUCUGUAGUUCUAGCUGUCCACUGCUCCGGACCCUGGAUGUCCAGUGGGUAGAAGGACUAAAGGAUGCCCAGAUGCGGGAUCUCCUGUCCCCACCCACAGAUAACAGGCCAGGUCAGAUGGACAACCGGAGCAAGCUCCGGAACAUUGUGGAGCUGCGUCUAGCGGGCCUGGAUAUCACGGACGCCUCCCUGCGGCUCAUCAUCCGCCACAUGCCCCUGCUCUCCAAGCUCCACCUUAGUUACUGUAAUCACGUGACCGACCAGUCCAUCAACCUGCUCACUGCCGUGGGCACCACCACCCGAGACUCCUUAACUGAAAUCAACCUAUCAGACUGCAAUAAGGUUACUGACCAGUGCCUGUCCUUCUUCAAACGCUGUGGAAAUAUCUGUCAUAUUGACCUGAGGUACUGCAAGCAGGUCACCAAGGAAGGCUGUGAGCAGUUCAUCGCUGAAAUGUCCGUGAGUGUCCAGUUUGGGCAAGUGGAAGAAAAACUCCUACAGAAACUGAGUUAGUCCAAGGACAAGUAUGUAAAUAAGGGGUGGGGAGGGGGAGGGAUCAUGGCAGGGGAGGGGAAAAAACUUUACAGAAACUAGGGCUUUUAUUUUCAAUUUGGAACUUGAAACAACAGACCCCACGAUCCCAUUCUGCUAGUCUUGCUGAGGGAGAAGCCGUCCUGGCUCCUGUUUGGGGGAGGAGUGAACUGGACACUCCCCCUUCAGUCUCUCUGAAUUACAACCGCACGGCUUUCUGGACCAUUUCUAAAGGCGGCCUUUACCAAGACAUUCCUGCUGGAGAGGAGGACAGACUUCGAAGAAAUUCUCUUACUGAAGCAUGAGCUUAGGAGUUUCGUGGGUGGUGGUGUUUUCGUUUUGGACACCUUGUUCCUUGCAGCUCCGGGGGUCGGUGUCGACAUUCAGCGGACCACACGCCACAUCUGCUGCAGUCGUGACAUUUUUUGUUUGGUUGGUUUUGUUACAUCUUACAUUAUGCAGAACUAUUUUUGUACAAAUUGUUUAAAAGUUAUUUAUGCAAGGUUUGAAUGCAUACCUGUGUUUUUAUUGUUUUGAGAUUGCCAACUUCCCUGGUUUCCUAAGGUAGGAGAGAACUGAACCUGUACUUCAUCCACACAAAUAAUCAUCUACACACGUGCCCAGAUCCGGCAGAGCAGGCGAAGACCUUCCAAUUAAAAGCAUGUUUAACUGGAAGUUGAGAGCCUGCUUUGUACGUCGUCAAGAAUUACACAAGCAUGUGGUCAUAUGUUAAUUAUAGUCGAAGUAAGACACUCUGCCAAGUUUCCUCUGUAUAGAAUUCACCCAUUUCUCAAAAUUUUAAAAUUCAGACUUCAGCCUUUGCACUCAGGAGAGUUUUGCGCCAGCAUGAGCUCUUGUAUUCUAUAAGGAUCUAAUUUAUACAGUGGGUCAAGAAGUAGAAUAAAUGAUCCAACAUAGCCUUUCUUUUCCUUUUUUCUCUCCUUUGAAGUGAGUUGAGUUCUCGUUCAAGGCUUAUAACACGGCUGUUUCCUAGUUGUAAAGUUAUGCCUUCAUAAGUGCCAUUGUUGUUAAGGUGUUGUUUUCCUAGACCUUCCCUGAUGCGGUUUUACCUUUGUUGAAUUUGUAUAAACAAUUGUACAAAAAAGCACUCUCGGCCUUGGAGA